GCUAUGGAUGUUGCAGUGACGGUUGGGUUGCUGUUGUCUCCUUGGUUGUUUGUUUGUUUGGUUGGUUGGUUGGUUGGUUGGUUGGUUGGUUGGUUGGUUGGUUGUUGUUCCAUCGUUCUCCCCCCUAACAGGAUGCAGAGGAAGCAUUACAGGGGGCUUGCGAAUCCCCAGUGCAUUCAUGGCAUUGAAGUCAUACGAUUGCCAAAUCUUACGGGUGUCAGCGACGAGGAUCUGCAGCGUUGGAGCGGCCUGACAGGAAGAGCUCUGUUCUUCUCUUUAGCGCCAAAUGCUGAGGAGUACUCGAAAUGGCGAGUCACCGGAAACACAGAUAGCACAGGGGGGGUAGGAGGAGGAGGAGGAGGAGGAGGAGGAGGAGGAGGAGGAGCAGUGAUCGGCAGUGAUGGGCGAAAGCACGUAGUGCCGAAGAGUAAGAGGAAUAUGCCAGGUGUGCUGCCAAGUGAUCAGCCUCUGCAGCGUUAUCUUCAGAAACAGCAUCUGCUGCACAUGGCCCAGCCACAGUGUCAGGCGCAGGCUACGUUGCAGCAGCUGCAGUGCCUGCAAACUCAGCAGCAACAGCAGCAGGAGCCACAGCGUGGACCGUCGCCAAGUGUCGGAGAGGCGUUGAUGCAAAGCCACGCUCGUGUUGUCAAUCAGCGUAGUUCGCAGUCGACGACCAACCACCAGCUUCAGGCACAACAGACCCAGUCACAGCAGCACCAGGCGGCACAGCAGCAGCAGCAGCAAGUGUUGCCUCAACAGCGCCACCAUCGUCAUCAUCACUUGCAUGCUCACAAACACAAGCAUAGACAGAAUCAGAAGUCUGUUCAUGUGCAGCCGCCGACAAAGCAGCAGGGCAUGGGUAUGUGCACGGCUGCAGCUGGAAGUACAAUCAGUGUCAGCGUUGCAAAUCUGAACAGACAGUCCGCAUUGAAUGGCACACAAGUGGUGCCUUGCACUUCCGGAGGGGGUUCUGCGCUAGGAGGAGCCGCGGGUGCGGGAGGGGGUACCUAUGAGCUGCACACACCAGACCGGACGAUGCACAGUGCAACCCAUCUCAACCCAGGAGGAGUCAUGGGAACCCUCACAUCAGCAGGAAAAGGUCAGUGUGGCAGUGGGAUGUUAAUGGCAGACAAUCAGUGUGCCAGCCAAGGCCAUUGCCAAACUCAGGGUUUGAUGAAUGGUUUCACGGCAGCGGCGGCAUGCAAUAUUGCAAAGAACCGCCAGAACAUGAAUCCAAAUCUGAAUCUGUUCCAGCAGGAACAGAGUCGAACGGAAUUCCGGCCGCGACACCAGCAGCAGCAGCCAUCGCCCAUUCACACUCAGCAGAGUCAGUUCUUGCCCCAUCUUGCAUUCUGCGAUUCGCCCCCAUCUUCACCCUCAUCACCGAUGCAUCAAUCGACCAUCCAUCUCCAGAAUCUGCAAGAGCAGGAAUACAGGCAACAACCCCAUCUCCAUCAGCAUCCGUUGUCCCUGGCAAGGCACCAGUCUUCACACCAGCAGCAGCUUCCUCUGCAGCAGCAAGCGUACGGAAACUCCUCGGCGUCUUUCCCGUCACCAGUGCUGGGUCCUUCGCUGUCAUCUCCUCUCUCACCGUCGUCUUCGCCUUCGCAUUCAACACCCAAUCAUGGGCUGGGAAUGGGUGUCGGUGGUAGCUUGUGUGAUGGUGGGGAGCUUCUUGUGGCGAUGGGCAAACGGAUGCUUCCGCUAGGAGGCAAACCUUCACGCGAUGCAGGGUGCGACUUGGUCUUUGCCACGGGAAUGAGCUUAUCGAACACUGGUACAGCGAAGAAGCGGAAGAAAACCGGUAUGUCGGGGACCACUGGCAUGAGUCUUUCCAUCGGAACAGGAUCGACCGGGGUGGUCGGCACGACAAGGUCGCUCCCAUCGCCCGGCAGCACAGACCAAUGCCUGGAGCUAUCGACGGGCGGAGGCCCACAGUGCAUAGUGACCGGCGUGGCCCCGUUGAUUGCCAACACCACGGGAGGUACUCAACAACCGAGGCCCAUGCUGAGCUGGCAGAAGGAUUUCACGGGGGUGAUGCUGCAGUCGUCAGGACCCACGACCGCGGCGAAGACCAUUUACGAGGACGACGAGGGGUACCUGGUCCUUGUCAGCCUUCCCUUCACGGACAUGCAGCGUGUUCGGGUAUCGUGGCGGAACGUCGAAAACCACGGCAUCCUUAAGCUUCACUGUGUAAGCACCGCCCGGAGGCGUGUCAUCACAAAGCACAACCGUACCUUCAAGCUGACGGAUCCCAACCCGGAACACUGCCCCCCCGGUGAGUUUGUCAGGGAGAUUGCACUGCCCACACGAGUCCCCGAGAACGCCGAGCUUCAUGCUUUCUACUCUGAGGCAUGCGCCGGGCUAGAGAUUCUUAUUCCCAAGCAAGCGCUGGUGGAGGAGGAGCGGGAAGUCCGCGUCUUCCUUCCGCGGCAGAUGGUAACCGGUGAAAGUCUACUGCCGCAGCCAUCACGCUGAGCAUUACACCAACCCAGCGUGCGUGCGGGAGAGAAGCAGCCAUUGGAGUUCGGUGCGAAAUUCACCAAAUUCACCUUAAAGCUGUAAAGGGCAGUGGAAUCCCUUUGUUGGCGUGAGUAGAUGUGUGCAGUUCCAGCUUUCUAUCGAGCGUACCCAUGCGGUCUCCCUCUGCCCUGAUCAAGCAACAUGGUGUGUCUCUGAAGGUGCAAACCUGUGCCAUCAUUCUCAAGUGGAUAAUCCUGUGGGUAUGAAUAACAAUCCUGUGGAUAAUACUGUGGAUAAUCCUGGAUAAUUCUGUAGAUAUGGAUAAUGCUGCAGAUAUGAUAAUCCCGUGGAUAUGGAUCAUCCUGUGGCUGUGGAUAAUCCUGUGGAUAGUCCUGUGGAUAUGGAUAAUCCUGGAUAAUUCUGUAGAUAUGGAUAAUGCUGCAGAUAUGAUAAUCCUGUGGAUAAUCCUGUGGCUGUGGAUAAUCCUGUGGAUAAUCCUGUGGCUGUGGAUAAUCCUGUGGAUAAUCCUGGAUAAUACUGUGGAUAUGGAUAAUCCUGUAUAGUCCUGUGGAUAUGGAUAAUCCUGUAUAAUUCCGUGGAUAUGGAUAGUCCUAUGGAUAUGGAUAAUCCCUGUGGAUAGGGAUAGUCCUGUGGACAUGCCUAAUCCUAUCCUUAUGCUGCAGUUCCUUUGUUGCCACUGCAAAUUCUAUCCUAAGCCUUUUGCGUCCGUCCUCAUCCUGUGUGCUGUGUGCGUGGAGAAAACGCAGUCGCAGUUUCUGCAUGGCAGUCUGACGCAGGGGCCACUUGUGGGUAUGAUGGCAGACAGGCCAAUACGGCAGGUAGCAUGUGGACCGUUUGACAACGGUCGGCGUUGAUGUAGACACCAGUCAUAGGACCGUCUUCCCCAGUAUUUGGGGCAAUUUUCAGUCUACAUACAGCGAUAAUAAUGGUAAUACUAUGUUUUCUCUUUUUUUUUUUUAGGGGGGGGGGGGAGAUGCUAGGAAUUGGGACAGUGCUCAGUUCAGAGGAAUGAGGACACAACAACGUAGUACGUUGGGGGUCGAAUUUCCACCGACGGAGCAAAAGUGCACACAGCUUUAUCGUCACAGGCGUAGGAGAGACGGCGAGGAGGAAGGAUGCAUCGGACAGGAGGGAGAGAAAGGUUUGGAGGGGUGAAGGGUACCGUCGUAACCCAUAUACAACGUACGGUCAUUAUGGCUGUAUUUGGGGCAACUUUGAGUCUAGAUGCAGCAAUAAUGACCGUAUACGUUGUAUCCAGGUGAAGACGGUAGUGGUCACGGCGGAGGAUGCAAUGAUGUAGAAAAACAUUGUGUCUUGUGCAUCCACCGACUGUGACUAAGCGCCCACGCAUUGAUCCUCCCACUGGAGGAGCAGCAGACUCGGCGAGGAAGGACGGACCGAUUAGCGGUCCGGAAAGAACUGCGACGUAGAAAAAAGGGGGACGAAGAGUCUAUUUUUGUGCUUGCAGGGUGUCACAGGAAAGU